UAUGGGAAUGUCAUCCCUCUGCCAACUUCUCCUCGUCCUUCUGCUGGUGACGCUGACAUCUACAGCACGCCGCGGUAACUGUGGCAACAGCUGGUGCAGCUGUAACAAUAUCACCAAACAAGCAACAUGCAAAGGUCACGGAAGGAAACUUACAUAUAUUCCAAGGCUACCACAGUUCAUAACUGACUUGGAUUUCUCUAGCAACUUUCUUCCAAACAUUUCCUCAGAAACGUUCAGAAACAUUCAAUCAUUCAAGUUGAAAAGGUUAAGUCUGACAUCAAACACGAUAACAAGAAUGUCCGCCGACUCAUUUAUUCAUCUAACUACAUUAACAGAGUUGAGUCUUGAUGGAAACAAUUUCUCAGAAAGGUGUUUAGCAGAAACAUUCCCAACUUUGAGCCGUCUUCCUCUUGCAAAAUUAUCACUAUGUAGACUAAAGUUGAAUGAUUCACGCAUCUUUCAGCGGUUAUACAGCCGUACAAUGAAGUAUCUGGACCUAGACAGAAACGAGUUUGAAAGUUAUAACCAGGCUGACUGUAGCGGCCUCUUCAACAUCCAAAAUGUAUCACUGGAUUAUAACUUUAUCCGUGAAGUAACUCUGGCGUACGCCCCAUCGUUACUCUCCUUGACUCUGAAAGACAACUAUAUUUCCAGGUUUCCUAAUUUUUGUAGGACGAAUGGGUCCUAUUUCCCGAGCCUUAAAUCUCUGAAGUUGGAUCAUAAUCACUUAUACACGCCAAUUGAGGGUCGUUACAUUCAGUGCUUAAAGAAUUUGUCAGUUUUCACUAUUAACAGCAAUGUUCAGAUUCCGGAGAUAAAGUCAAAUUCAUUCUCGGAAAUGCCCUCGCUAACUAACGUAAUCCUCAAGAAUGUAGGAGGUGGCUCCCUUUAUAUAGACCAGUAUGCUUUCAACAACAGUAAAAUAGAAUACAUAUCUUUGGAAUCAAGUGGUAUAAACUUCACGACUCAUGUGCACAAAGACGCAUUCAAAGGAUGCUCCAAUCUACAGUCAGUUGAUGUUUCUUAUAAUAAACUCUCACAUACAUCCGACCAGGACCUAACUGACUGGUUUGGACACUUAAAAUCAUUAACAGGAAUUGGUCUUGGGAGCUGUGGAUUGUUAUCGUUUCCAAACUUUAUUUCAGUUUCCUUGCACAACUUGCAAUACAUGAAACUGUAUCGGAAUAGCAUUGACGAGUUUCCCGUUGGUAGCCUGACACCUUUGAAGAAUCUUACCCAUAUCUGGGUAGCGAGUAACCGAUUAGCCAGAAUAGAUGAACGCGUCUUCACCUCCGAAGUCCAACAAAAGCUUGAGAUUGCUGAUUUUAUGUACAACCCUUUUGCAUGUAACUGUGAACUCCUCUGGUUCCUGAACUGGAUAAAGUCGGAUCGUAAGAAGUUCAAAUACUAUCCGGAGAGGUACGUGUGUUCCAGUCCUGGGGAAAUGAGAGGCAGAGUACUCUCCAAAGUAAAUAUGCCUAAACAGUCUUGCCUCCUCCCUUUCCCUGCUAUAUUUGUCCUAAUUGGUGUGUGUGGGAUAUGCUUCUUUGUCCUCAUCUCGGGGUCUGUUGCAUACAGGUAUCGAUGGCACAUUCGGCAUUAUAUGUACCAGAGAAGAUACCAGAGGGGGGAAUUCCAGCGACUUGACAACGUAGAUAUUAUAUAUGAUGCUUAUGUAAUAUAUAGUUUGGAGGACAUCAGAUGGAUAAAGAACGAACUCAUUCCAAAAGCCGAGGAAACUCAUGGAUCCAAACUGUACAUUCGUGACCGAGACUCUUUGGCUGGUCUCCCUAUCGUCGAUAAUGUUGUUAAUAAUCUGAAUGUAAGUAAAACCAUCCUGAUUCUUCUGUCUAACGCCAUGGCCCGAGAUGAACAGUGUCAGUUCGAGCUGAUGUUUGUCCAGAGACACCUGGAAGGGGAGAGGAAUCCCAUCAUCCUGGUGCUGCUGGAGGAGGUUCAGGUGGCCCACCUGACUCAGUCAGUGUACGCCCUGGUCAGAAUGCAUCCCUUUAUCCCCUGGGGAGACGAGGAGGAUGCCAGAAGAUUAUUUUGGGAUCGCUUAUUUUUAUCACUUAAUCCUGAGCGCAGAGGGCGGCCAAAUGUCGUUGAUGGUUAA